UGUUGCUAGGUUACGUUGAACCAACAGUUUACUUAACCUUAUUUCAUUUGCAGUGUUGUUUACUUAGCUCUAGCAAAAACAGAUGACUGGCGUGACAAGGAGCAUUAGGCAAAUUCAAAUUAGAAUCACGUAAUGAUUUACAUGCAAAUGAAUCUGUAAAAAUUUCCUCUGUACGCAGCAGACCUCGACUAGACCUACGAGGCAGCGUCUGCUGUACCAGGACCGCCUAACCGCGACUCCUCUACAAAGGCAAGGUGCUGGCAGAUGAGCACAGCCAGUCCCAUCAGGCCCAAUUUGAAACUGAACUUAGUUGUGACACCCCCAAAAGAGAAAGUGUUUCCCGAGCAAGAACACCACUCGCCUCACCCCACCUCACAUCCCGUCGUCUCACUCUGGAGAACCAUGACUGCUCUAAGGCAAAGAAAAGGGAGCAAGGGUAAAGAAGGCAGCCAGGAGCACCAGAAGCCAGAGACCACGCUGGAAACCAAACCUAGGAUUCCAGCUGGCGGUGUGCUGUGGAAUGUCUUAUGGUCAGUUGUUGGCGGACUAGUAGCAGUGUCCCUUGGUCUUCUAACUUGCAUUUAUGUAGCAACUUUACAUGAGAAUGACCUGUGGUUUUCCAAUAUCAAGGAAGUUGAGCAGGAAAUUUCGUUCCGAACAGAAUGUGGUCUUUACUAUUCCUACUACAAACAGAUGCUGCAUGCUCCAUCUGUACAAGAAGGGUUGUUUGAACUAAUCAACGACAAUACCACGGAAUCCAAAAGAACUAUUAACCUUCUCCAGCGAAUGAACAUCUAUCAAGAAGUGUUUCUAGGUGUCCUUUAUAGAAUCCUUCCUAUUCAGACAUCCUUGGAGCCUGUGUAUUUCUACAUCUACACUGUGUUCGGACUCCAGACUGUGUAUGUUAUUGCGCUCUACGUCACCAGCUGGCUUCUGAGUGGAACCUGGCUGGCAGGAGCUCUCACUGCAGUGUGGUACAUUCUGAACAGAAUAGAUACCACCCGUGUGGAGUUCACCAUUCCACUUAGGGAGAACUGGUCCAUUCCGUUUUUAGCACUGCAGGUAGCUGCUAUUACUUACUACUUAAGGCCACAAUUGAAGCCACUGCAGCAGAAAUUGGCCCUUUCAUUGAUCUUCUUAUCAACUCUAACCUUUAGUUUGACCUGGCAGUUUAAUCAGUUCAUUCUGCUAAUGCAAGCUCUUGCCCUCUUUGCACUGGAUUGCUUAGAACUGGUUUCAACAGGAAAGGUGACUUGUUUGUACCUGGUUCAGGUGAGCAGCCUGCUGCUGGUCUGGUUACUGCAAUUCUUCAACCCCAUGAUCCUGGGGUCAUUAGCACUAAGCUUCAUUGUAGCUGCUCUUACAGUAAACUUCUUCCAGAAAAACUUGAGAUCAGGGUGCUUCGUUACCAGGAUUGGCAAACUGUUCCUCCAUUUGAUUUUUGUCAUCAGUCUAACUGUUAUUCUGAACUAUUUAACAAAGAAAGCACUGCAGCUCAAAUCGGAUGAACACAUUUAUAAAUUCAUAAAGGCGAAGUUUGGGCUUGGAUCAACAAGAGAUUUUGAUGCCAACCUAUACCUUUGUGAGGAAGCCUUUGGGUUGCUGCCCUUUGACACAUUUGAGCGACUCUCAGACUCUUUAGUCUUAUACCCUUACAUAUGGGCCGUCUCCAUGGUGACGAUCAUAGCAACAGUUGCAGCUGUACGGAAUCUCAGUGAUUCCACAAACACUCAGCUACCUAAUGGAAAGGAAGAAGAAACAUUAUUUGUAAGGCCAGACGUGGCCUAUAAUCUUUCACACACGGUGGUUUUUGGACUGUUAUCCUAUAGUACCAUGAGAAUGAAAUACUUGUGGGCUGGCCACAUGUGUGCUUUUGCUGCGUAUGGGAUCUGUAGCGAUGAAGUGUGGAGACCGUUUCUUAAAGUGAUUCGCCUUCACACAACAGCCAGGGAAAGGCUAAUUAUAUAUACUGUACCUGUUCUGCUCCUUGGUUUCCUUUACUACAAGUUCUCGCCCAAACUCCUGGAAGAAAUGUCAGAACUCCGAGAAUUCUAUGACCCAGAUACAGUGGAUCUUAUGAACUGGAUUAGCACAAAAACCUCCAAGAAAGCAGUUUUUGCAGGAAGCAUGCAGCUUUUAGCAGGAGUCAAACUGUGUACCGGAAGAGUCUUAACAAAUCACCCCCACUAUGAGGAUAAGAGUUUGAGAGAGCGCACCAGACAGGUCUACCAGGUCUAUGCUCGCCAGUCCCCUGAAGAUGUACACAGUAUCUUGCGGUCCUUUGGCACAGACUAUGUAAUCCUUGAGGACAGUAUCUGUUAUGAGAGGAGACACAGCCGAGGGUGUCGCUUGCGGGAUCUGCUCGAUGUAGCAAAUGGCCAUAUUAUGGACGGCCCAGGAGAGAACGAGGUUGAUUUGACUCCAUCCCCACACCCCCGGUUCUGUGAUGAAAUCAGAACAGAUCAGCCUCCGUACACCACAUACUUCACCCGUGUAUUCACAAAUAAAACAUUCCACGUUUACAAGCUGAGGAAAGGAAAGAAGAAAACAAAAUCAAACUAAAGAGCUUUUAAAGGGUUGUAGUCUUAGGUCCAGAUAACCAUCAACGUAUCUAAUGGCUUUCUAUUCAUGCAGUGCUGAGAUAGGGCUUUCGUGACAGAUGCACUGUGUAUUGAAUUCCAUAUGCUCAAUUUACAUAAAAAUCUUUUGUGAGCAAAGUGUUAUAAUAUCUGACUGAUUGGAAAAUAUUUGUAGAACGGUGUGUCAAAAGGAAGCACGUAAAAAGCAUAAACUCAGGAUCAACGCCACCAGCAUUCUUGUCACGAGUAGAAUAAUGAAUGUUGAAGAAGUACAUUCGCUUUUGGAUUGCAUGCAUUUUUUAAAAAUCUUGAGACUGCUGUAAUUGUAAUCUAAUUUGAUCCAUAAAUCGUGUUAUCCUGUAUGCUCAAGAAAACCCCGUACAUCCACUUUUAAAUCUUUUUUUAGUACCAUUUUUUAGUAGAGGUUAAAAAACAAAACAGUAUUAAGGUGAAACAUGCAUGCUUUCUUAUAAUGCUAUUCAUGUUGGCCCAGAAAUGGAAAUUGAUUGAUUCAGUCAUUUCUUUGUUGAAAACAAGCACAUCUGCAAUACAGAAUCGUUUCAAAAGGAUGUCCUUGCAAGGGUAAAUGUUAGUUGCUGGUCUCCUAGCAGCUGUAAGAUUAUUAAAGCAAUACAAAUCUAAUUGUAAGAUCGACAGGAAAUGAACUUUAUAUUCCUCAGUGGUUUUGUGUUCUUUUGUUUUCUUGUCAGUGAGUUUCAGUGUUCUCCCCAUGAAAAUGGGAGUUAUAUAUUUAAUGCCAUUCAUCCUAGUUACUACUGGUCUUGCAUGAGUAUUUGGAGGAAUUAUUCUUUCUAUAAAAAUGCUGAAAAAAAGCAACCAAAUGUAUGGAACAUAUGGUUUCAGGCUUAAACAAGCCUGAAAUAUAUGCUUUUGAUGAUGUUAGUGUUACUAAUUUUAGACAUCAAGGUUCUUCCACUAUAACUGUUUUUGCCUCUUAAAACCAUAAGACAUUCCUUGGUUUGUAUGGAGAUCGUUCCAUAAAAUAAGCUUGUUUGUGUUCAUCAGUGUAUUGGUUUUUUGUUGUGUUUAACAAAUAACAGUAACAUUGGCACUCAUUUCUUUAGUAGUUGAUGAUAUGCAGCAUUCAGCUUUUGAAUCAAUCUUUUACAUUAUUCCCUGAAAACCAGCUUUUCAGAGCACACACUUUUUGGGCUUCCUUGUAAAUGUACAUUUUGAUUUGGCUGCUCCCUAAGUAGGUAUUUAUUGCACCCUGUGGCUAGUUAAGCUUCAAGUAGCUUCGGAGUCAGGACACAUGACUCAACCUGCAACCCUGAAGUGUGUUCUUCAGGUUAGCAUCACAUUGAUUUCAUUUUCUGAAUGACAUUUGUAGCACUAUUAGGCAAUAAAGAACCUAUUCCAUUGUGCCUUAAUGUAUUGAAAUUUCACAAAAGCGUUCACAUAAAAAGGUAGAAACAUCAUUCAAUUUUAAACUAUAUUAACUGGUAUUAUUCUCUAGCAUUGAGUAUGUAUUAUCUCAGUAUUCAAAGUUAUUACCUGCGUGUGCUGCAUACAUUAUACUCCAUAAUUUGCACUAGCACUACUAAAGUAUUUUAAUUGUUACUUUUUUGUAAUCUGUAUUGUUUCAUGUAGACAAAUCCCAAGUAAGUGCAUCAUUGUGCUCGCUCAAAAAGUGCAAUGUAUGCCUAUGUUUGGGAUACAGUUUUUUGUAAAAACAAAUAAUAAAAAAAUCCUAAUUGA